AGAAUAAAAAUGCCCGGAGGAGAGAACGAGGGUUUGCUGGAGGAAGGCGCGGAGUGGACGGUGCAGGGGAGCAGAGCUGCACCACUGAGGCUGUACAGCUGCACCACUGAGCCUGUGCAAUGACCGCACAAGGAGCCUGAGAGGCCGGGACCGGGUACUCUGGACUCGUUAAUGCAGUGACGCAGAGAUGCCUGGCUCCAUUCAAUGGGCACCCCGCUCGCCCGAGUACCAGUCUCAGAAGCAAUGCAAGAAGACCUCAUUCGCUUUCUACCAGGCCGUGCGGGACCUGCUCCCAGUCUGGCUCCUGGAGGACAUGCGGCUUAUGGAGGUACUACACUGGGAGGAAGGGGGCAUCAUCAGCUCAUACACACCCUCUGAGGCGCUGCUCUACGCCCUGGUACACGACCACCAGCCUUACGCCCACUACCUGCUCAACCACUUCCCGAACGAUGCCCUAGCUGUGCCAAGCAAGAGCUUCAGCUGCUGCCAGUCUGGAGCUCCUCACCUCACCAUGGCUGUGCGCUAUAACCGGCUGCAGAUCCUGCAAGAAAUUCUGUGCACCCUCCGGAAAUUCCCUUCCGAAAGCCGGACUGUCUACAUCAACCAGCGUGGGUGCCAGCGGGUGGAGGGUGGCAAGACUCCCAUACACCUGGCUUGUGAGCUGCAGCGAGUUGACUGUCUGAUUUUGCUGCUGGGGCACGGUGCCUGCCCGUAUGUUAAGGACUGCAGUGGCAAAUUCCCCCUCGAUUGCCUUCUGCAAGCAAUACAGGACAGUCCGCAGGAUAUGCACCUGAAGAGGCUGUGCCUGGAUUCUGUGCUGCUGUACAUGGCCGCAGGAGUGCCCCUCUCCACCAGGCAGCGGCUUCAAGAAGAGGGCACGGCUUGGCAGGAAAUGCUGGGAAAGGACUUGUACAGAUGGUUGACUGGCACCUCUGCCCCUACCCUCUUCACUCUGUCUAUGCAGAGUCUGCUCAGGGCCCUCCCUGCUGACAGGUUCCCAGAGGUCCUGGAGGAGAUCUCCCUACCAGACUUCUUAAGACCCCUUGCCUUACAGAAGCAAGUCCCAAAAUAGAACAGCUUUUGUUUUGUGAGGGUCUUAACACCCAAGGAUGAUUAUCCCCAACCUCCACCUCUAACUCCCAUCAUGUAGUGUCAGCAGGGUGACACGCAAUACGCAGGCACUUGGCAUGCAAUGUCAGGGGCUGCCAGCUGAUGAUGUACAACAGACAGAUGCCCAGUUCUGCGCCAAGAUGGCGACUUGUUCAAAGCUGCUUGUGUAUCAGUGUAAAGGGGCACCCCACGUGUAAGGUGUAUAUAUCAGUAGUGAGCCAUUUUCAG